UCAACAUCAGUCUAUAAUGGAUUUUUUUUUAAAAACUAUCUCCUUUAUUGUGAAAUACUAAAAUUGACAACGGAAGUACUUUUUCAACUCAGAACUUUACUUGUCGUUGAUUGGUCAGUGAGGAGGAAGUAAUUGGAUGUAACAGUGUUAGCUUGAGUUGCUAAGACCGGGGAAAAAGCGGCUCAAAGUUUGUGUAAAAAUAGGUAUAUAGUUGAUGUCUCAGGCUCUCUGCUGGACAGAUAUCACUGCUGGGUAUGUAUUUUGAACCUUGAUCACUGUGACCAAUUCUAAUUGAACAGUACGUAUUGUAAUUAGCCUUCAUUAGCACAAUUAAUGACCAUUAUCCAUUAACUGUGCGUAUUAGCGCUAAAGCAACUAACAACGUUCAAGCUUUUAAAAGUUAAUACUUUAGUGCUAGAGUUCACUGUCGGACUUGUGGGGAAGACCACAUUGGCUGUGGACUAACCUUGUUGUCCAGCUGAGGACAUAGUGGACCCUGGACUACUGACCAAGAGAACGGAAAAACAGAAGAUCCAGAUCAUAUGACUUCUAGAGCAUGUGAAGGUUGAAGACAAGACAAGGAUUGUGUAAAGGGGAAUCCCAAGUGGAGUGAGGAUGACUGAGAUGAUGAAGGUUGAAGCGAGGAUGACUGAGAUGAUGAAGGUUGAAGCAGAUGAACCUGGAGGAUUUAGCUUGGAGCCUCCCGUACCUGCAGCAUCCACAUCAGAACCGGAGGAGGAAACACAAGACAGCAAAGAUCUCACUCAUCAGAUGUUUAUGACUAAAGAGGUCAUAAACAUCCAAACUAGUUUGGACAGUGAAAAUCCAGAAGCCCGCGUGAAGGACGAAGAGGAGGAGCAGUGGAUCAGUCAGGAAGAAGAGUUGUGUACUCUGAAGAUUAAAGAUGAAGAGAAACCUCAUUUAUCAGAGCUUCAUCAAAUCAAAACUGAAGAUGACCUAGAGACAGAAGUUCCAACCAGCAGCUCGCCUGAACCUGUUGCAGAGAACUUUAGACAGCCAGAACCAGACAGGGAUCCAGAAGCCCACGUGAAGGAUGAAGAGGAGGAACAGUGGAUCAGUGAGGAAGAAGAGUUGCGUACUGUCAAGAUUAAAGAUGAAGAGAAACCUCACUUGUCAGAACUUCAUCAAAUCAAAACUGAAGAUGACCUAGAGACAGAAGCUCCAACCAGCAGUUCACCUGAACCUGUUGCACAGAACUUUAGACGACCAGAACCAGACAGUGACCCAGAGCCCGUAUGUCCCUCCCUGCAAAGUAACAUGGCAGAUGGAGAGAAAUCAUUUGGUUGCAGUUUGUGUGAUAAAAGAUUCAGACGUAAGCGUUUUGUUACAUUACACAUGAUGACUCACACAGGAAAGAGACAGCUUAGUUGUGAUCUCUGUGGCAAAGGAUUUGUAGAAAAGCGUUCUCUUCAGACACACAUGAAUGUCCACACUGGGGAGAAACCUUUUGCCUGUGAUGUUUGCUGUAGAAGGUUUCAUGCUAAGACAAGUCUUACUACACACAUGAAGGUCCAUUCAGAAGAAAAACCUUUUUCAUGUGAUGUUUGUGGUUUAAGAUUUUGGUUAAAAUCAGUUUUCAAAAAGCACACCCAGAUCCAUUCCACAGAGAAACCGUUUGUUUGCAGUGUUUGUAGUAAAAGGUUUUUGCGACAAGGAAACCUAAAGAGUCACAUGCAUAUUCACACCGGAGAGAGACCAUUUAUUUGUAGUGUUUGUAGUAAAGGAUUUUCUCAACUUAUCCAUCUGACGAGUCACAUGCGUGUUCACACAGGAGAGAAACCAUUGAUUUGUGGCUUUUGUCACAAAGGAUUUUCCCAUUCAGCUAGUCUAAAGAGUCACAUGCUUAUUCAUUCAGAGGAAAAACCUUUUGUUUGUAGAGUUUGCAAUAAAGGAUUUUCAAGACGAGAGGUCCUAAAGAAACACAUGCCUGUUCAUACAGGAGAGAAACCGUUUAUUUGUGAAUUUUGUAGUAGAGGAUUUUCACGACAAGAGAAUCUAAAGAGUCACAUGCAUGUUCACACCGGGGAGAAACCCUUUGUUUGCGACGUUUGUAGUAGAGGUUUUUCACGAAGAGCUAGUCUGAAGAGUCACAUGAAUGUUCAUACAGGACAGAAACCAUUUAUUUGCAGUGUCUGUAGUAAAGGAUUUUCACGACAACAGAAUCUAAGGAGCCACAUGCGUGUUCACACAGGAGAGAAGCCAUUGAUCUGUGGUUUUUGUCACAAAGGAUUUUCCCAUUCAAUUAGUCUAAAGAGUCACAUGCUUGUUCAUACAGGUGACAAACCGUUUGUUUGUAGAGUUUGCAAUAGAAGAUUUUUAAGACUAGAGAUUCUAAAGAGUCACAUGCGUGUUCAUACAGGAGAGAAACCGUUUAUUUGUGAAUUUUGUAGUAGAGGAUUUUCACGACAAGAUAUUCUAAAGAAUCACAUGCGUGUUCACACCGGGGAGAAACCCUUUGUUUGCGACGUUUGUAGUAAAGGUUUUUCACGAAGAGCUAGUCUGAAGAGUCACAUGCGCGUUCAUACAGGACAGAAACCGUUUAUUUGCAACGUCUGUGGUAAAGGUUUUUCACGACCAGAUACUCUAAAGAAUCACAUCCGUGUUCACACGGGAGAAAAACCGUUCAUCUGUAGUGUUUGCAGUCGAGGAUUUUCACGUUCAGCCAGUCUAAAGAGUCACAUGUGUUCACCUAUGAAACAAACCUUUUGCAGCGAAGACCUUUUGCACUGAAAUUUUGAAGAAACCUAUGGAUGUUCACAAGGACUCCAACUGAAUGUGCUGGCGGUCGGUUAAAAGGUUAAUUUUUCUAAAUUGUCUUUAAUUCAUCUCUGCAUUAUCUCAGCACAGUACUAACAGUACUAGGAACAGUACUAAAUUGCAUUUCUAGAUAUUGGGUGAAUUUAGAGGCUUUUAUUGUGAUGUUUAAAGGUAAUUUCUAAUUCUUUUUGGGAUGUAUAGAACUCGUGUUUGGUUGUAUAAACAUUGCUUAAAGUUAGCCCAUCAUUCUGUACUGAAAAAAACACUUCUGAGAUUUUAAUUCCUCCAAGGGAACAAAACGACUGAAUAAAAUUGUGUUUCACAAUCUCUUUCCAUUGUAUGAUAUUAUUCAAGACCAAACAUGCAGGAUGACUUUGGACACCACUGCUGUAGGCUUGUAAUUUGACCUUUUUUAAAUAGUGUGCUGUUCAAUCCAGAGUGUCUAAAUCUGAGUUCUGAUGUUAUUACAGUUUCUUUCCUGCUUUUUCCACUCACCUCUCAUCUCACCUACUUUCCUUUGUGCAUUCAUGCUUUCUCAACUAACUGAGAAAAGCAUGUUAGUUGAGAAACAUGUUUUUUGAUACAUCUCCCAAUUUAAUCAGAAUAAAGUAACUAUAAAAAGUAAAUUUUAAGAAUAAAAGUUUUUAAGCAUAAUCUAAUGCUUCCUGAAGAAAGUAUUCAUUUUACAAAUGAAGCAAACGAUAAAAUGACCAUUUAUUUCUCAAUGUUGAAAUUCACAGAGGAUCACACAGAGGCACAUAGGAAUUAACACAGAUAUAAUUUAAAAAUUGAGAAUGUAUAUUAGUGUUAACAAGAAAAAGUACAUAAUUGUGGGGAGAAAAAGUGCUGGUUCUACAAAAUGCAUGAGUGUAUUAAGAUAAUUGAAACUGUGCAGAAAUAUACCGUUUACAGGAAUAGAGAAACAAAUGCCAUAAACAAGAACAUAAAGCACUUCACCAGGUUUGCUGGGAGUAGACUGUUAUACAGAAUUAAACAAAAAGUGUCCGUCAGUAGGUUUAAUCAGUUUUGCAAUCCUGAUCUUUCUCUUACACUGUUUUGUAUGGUUCAGGUUUAUCUAAAAAAAAAAAAAAAGUAGUUUAGGGUUUGUGAGAAAAUAUUAGGCAGCAUAACAAUUGCAGAUAAUCUUACCAACUUUGCUUUGAAACAACAAAGAUCAAAUGCUAUUUGCCUGGUGGAAAUGUAAAAUAUUGCACAAAUCCUUCUUAGAGUUAACUACAACAUUUUUUUUAAAUGUACAUCAUAUAAUGUUUUCUAUUAGAUAUUUACCUCACCAGUUUGCCCCUAAGAUAAUUUAAGUGCCACCACAGAUGAGUGCAGCUGUGUUCUCACGGGCCCUGUUUUGUGUUAAUUCAUAUUUUUGCCACAAGUCGGGAACCCUGGUUACAUUAACAAAAAGGUUACUUUUACAACUGCAGCUCUUUGCCUCAUUGGGAAUAGAUCUAAAAUAUGUAAAAGUUGCAACAAUGUAGAACUGUUCUUCUUGGAAAUGUGUAUAUCACAAACUUUUCCUUUUGAUACUGUAGCACUACAGCAUCACCAACACACCAACAUUUCUAAUGUGUGCAAAAACACCAACACAACUGCAGUCAGAUAA